GCAGUUACGCAGCGUUGAGAGGGGAGGAUCAACAAAGUGAAAACGGAGCUUUAUCAUCGGUGGAAAGUUUAACAGUGAGUCAUACAGAGGAAGUUUAUCUCCGGGUAGCUACAGGUGUCUCUUUUAUUCGUCUUUAUCCUUAUUUAAAACAUUUUAAGAGGUUCAGAGUAAAGUUUUACGACAUGUCAAACCUCCGACCGAGACUCUGUGUGCUGGGGAAAGGAGCGCAAGGCUACGGGUUCCACCUCCACGGAGAGAAGGGCAAAACCGGGCAGUUCAUCCGGCUGGUGGAGCCCGAUACUCCCGCCGCUGAGGCCGGGCUGCUGGCGGGGGAUCGGCUGGUGUUCGUGAACGGAGACAGCGUGGAGGGUGAGGGCCAUCAGCAGGUGGUGGCCCGGAUAAGAGCCACCGUGGGGCCGCUGGAGCUCAUCGUAGUGGACAACGAAACCUCCGAGCUGCUGCAGAAAUACAACCUGACGUGCCGGAGAGAGUUCGUCACAGAGGGGAUUCCCCUGCCGGGUGGGGACAGUGACUCGGACCGUGGGGACACUCACAGCAACGGCACCCCGAGGGAGGCCACCCCACUCCCGCGGGAAAACGGGGACGCAUCGUCGGUGAGGUCCGAUAGGCUGAGUGUCAGCUCAAGCAUCAAGGAGGACCGCGCCGGGUUGCGGCCUCGUCUCUGCCUCAUGAAGAAAGGACCGACCGGAUACGGCUUCAACCUGCACAGCGAGAAGUCCAAACCGGGUCAGUUCAUCCGAGCUGUGGACGAGGACUCUCCAGCAGACAGAGCUGGACUCAAACCAAAGGACAAGCUCAUCGAGGUGAACGGGAUGUGUGUGAUCGGGAUGCAGCACUCAGAGGUCGUGGCGGCCAUUAAAGCCGGAGGAGAUGAGAGCAGACUGCUGGUGGUUGAUGCUGAAGCUGAAGAAUACUUUAAACGCUGCAACGUCGUGCCCACCGAGGAGCACCUCACCGGACCUCUACCUGAGCCCGUGACAACGAUGGCAACAGAAGAAGAAGAGGCAGCAGAGGAGAUUAAACGCAGCGUCUCUGUGAGCUCGUCAGGUGCCUCGUCCACUGCCGACCAUCCAGCAGUGACCAGCAGCCCCUCACCAGCAGAGGUGGAGCCGACCCCCAUAGCAGACGGUCUGGGUCUUGGUCUGUCUCUCGCCGAGGCCAGGAAACGAGCCCACCAGAAACGUCAGAAACCGCCCUCCAUGGACUGGAGCAAGAGGAACGAACUGUUCAGCAACUUAUAAACCUCUUCGUCAUCUCCAUCUCCAUCAUCUUCAUCAUCUCCUCCGGUCUGCCCGUCCCCUGUCUGUCUGCUCUCUGGAUUCUAUUGUCACAGAUCCAUUUUAACAGUAUUAUGUGAUGAUUUUGUUUUAAUUGAGGGUUCUUGUCACUUUUUCUGUCAUGUUUUAAUAAAUGUCCCACUGAAUGAAUGUUAAUGUAAAUGAAGUCGAAUGUUUAGAAGAGAAGAUGAAGAAUUAUGUACAGAUCUCACUGUAAACGUGAGGAAGAGGGAGAGCAGAGCAGAUUUAAAUGAAUGUCAUAUUUCCUCGUCUGUAAUCAGCAUCUUGAAUGAGAGAUUUCCUCGUCGCUAAGUAUGAAUGAUAAUCCAUUCCAUGAUGCCGUGUUGGAGUCUUAAAUGUCUUGAAACAAUCCUCCACAUCUCGUCUUUCUGUCAGGAUUUAUGAUUCCAGGAAAUAAAAGAUCAGAUUAUUUUUUCAUGUAGCUCUUUAUAGAUUUGUAAAUAAAGCUGAAUAAAUGAUUAUAAAAGUUUAUUUUGGCUGACGGGAGAGAAAUGAAGCUCCUCGCUGAGUCAUGUUUUUGAUUGCAGUUUGUCGACCACACUGAAGACUUUAUCGUCCUGUGAAAAUAAGAAGAGAUGAACUGAUAUUUGCUCUCUGCUGUAGGAUUUAUUAAACAGUGACAUUUGGAUCA